UGUUGCAACUUAUGAAGACUACGAAAUAGAAGAUAAAUGUUAUGAUGAUGGCGGUGACAAUGAUAAUGAACCUGUUAAUAAGGUUGAGGAAAAUCCUGAUGAAGAGCAGGGCGAAGACCAAGAAAAGCUUGGUGAAUUAAACCAAUCUAUUAAAAUAGCCAGUCUUACUUCAUUUGAAUCGAUCAUUGCUUCGCAACAGCAGCAACUUGAUCAUAUUAUUAAGAUUGAAGAAUUACUGCAUGUUAUAUCUAAUAAAAUUUCUGAACAAGAAACGGAUAUUAAAUCGCUUAAAUCUCAGAUAGGAGAAGCUUCGUCUAGAGCAAAAAUUCAAGAAAUAACAGGAUGA